UUGGGUUGGGGUGGGUUUUGACAGUGCAGGUACCCGGGACCCUGCAGAGUGGAGUGGGUCUCUCUGGCGUAGAGGAGCCACGCAGAUAGGCAGGACAUCCUGUGGGAAAGGAGGAGAGAAGAGAGGAAGAGGGGCUGGCUCAGGCUCGGGCCCCUGAUGGUGGCUAUUUUUGUCUACCCUAGCUGAGUGAUUGGGGACAGCGGAUAAAGGAAAAGAUGCUUAUGGGUGCGGGACGAGACACGGCGCGGGAUGAGGCCCAGAAGCUUCACAGGAAGUGGCUGAAGCACCAGGCCUUCAUGUCCGAGCUGGCCUGCAACAAAGAAUGGCUGGCCAAGAUAGAGCAGGAGGGUCAGGAGCUGAUCGAUGAGAAGCCGGAGCUGCGCUCGGUGGUGCAGCAGAAGCUGGAGGAGAUCAGGGAGUGCUGGACGGACCUGGAGAGCACCACCAAGGCCAAGGCCCGGGCUCUGUUUGAGAACAACAAGCCAGAGCCGGUGGUGAAGAGCUACUCAGACCUGGACCACCAGCUCUCUGGCCUGGAGAAACAGCCCCCCCAGCUGGAGCAGGCUCACCACCUGCCCACCUUCAACGAGCAGCUGCAUAAAUUUCAGUCUCAGAUGGGGAACUUGUACAAGGACGUAGGGGAACUAGGGUCCCUCCAGAGGGUGUGCCUCCCCCAGCGAGGCAGCCUGGUGAAGGGUGGAGAGGGAGAAGGGGGCGAGCAGCCGGCCGUGGUGGAGACCCGCAUCGUGCGCCUCAUCGAGCCCCUGAAGGAGAGACGUCGCAUCCUGCUGGCCUCCAAGGAGAUGCAUCAGGUCGCCCAGGACCUGGAGGAAGAGAUACUGUGGAUCCAGGAGCGGCUUCCUCUGGCCUCCUCUAAGGAUUACGGCAACAACCUGCAGAGUGUUCAGCAGCAUGUCAAGAUCAACCAGACACUGCAGAGGGAUCUGCAGGGGCGCCAAGCGCGGGUGGAGGAGGUGUUGGACCGGGCGGGGAUCAUCGCCUCUCUGCGGACCCCUGAGGUGGACUUUGUGCGUGAGGGGGCAGGGCAUGUACGUCAGCUUUGGGAGGUGCUGAGGCUAGAGGCGGAGAGGAGGUCUGUGAUGCUGGAUGUGGUGCUGCAGGCCCAGCAGUACUACAGCGAGGCGGCCAAGGUCGAGUCCUGGCUGGCAGGCCAGAAACUGCACCUCAUCAACGAGGAGAAGGGCACGGACGAGGAGAGCACCCUGCAGCUGCUGAAGGAGCACCUGGCCUUGGAGGCGACGGUGGAGAACUACGCUGAGACAGUGGGCAUGCUCUCCCAGCAGUGUCAGCGACAGCUGGAGCUGGGGCACCCAGACAGUGAGGGGAUCACCAAGCAGCAGUCCCACAUAGACCGUCUGUAUGUGUCUCUGAAGGACAUGGUGGAGCACAGGAAGACCAAACUGGAGCAGCAGUACUGGAUGUACCAGCUCAACAGAGAGGUGGAGGAGUUAGAGAAGUGGAUCACUGAGCGGGAGGUCGUUGCCAGCUCCACUGAGCUGGGUCAAGACCUGGAGCAUGUCACGAUGCUACAGGAAAAAUUCACCAAAUUCUGCUCAGAGACCAACAGCAUAGGCCAGCAGAGGAUGGAGCAGGUGAAUAAGAUGGUGAAUGAGAUGAUAGACUGUGGCCACACAGACGCGGCCACCAUAGCUGAGUGGAAGGACGGACUGAACGAGUCAUGGGCCGACCUAUUGGAGCUCAUGGAGACCCGAAGACAGAUGCUGACAGCAUCACACCAGCUGCACAAGUUCUUCACUGACUGCAAAGAGGUCUUGGCUCAGACUGCGGGGAAGAUGAGACAGCUGCCAGAGGUAAGGGCGUGCCAAGCCAGCAUCGCCAACCCUGCCACCCUGCAGAGGCUCAUGCUCUCCUUCGAGCACGCCCUCCAGCUGCUCGUCUCACAGGUAAGGCAGCUGCAGGAGAAUGCAGCCCAGCUGAGGACCAUCUAUGCCGGGGAGAAGGCUGAGGCCAUCAUGAGCAAAGAGCAGGAAGUGAUGUCAGCAUGGAAGGAGCUGCUGGUUUCCUGUGAGGCCAGUCGCGUGCAGGUCACCUCGGUGACAGACAAGGUGCAGUUCUUCUCGGUGGUGCGUGAGCAACUCAUGUGGAUGGAAGGCAUCAUGGGACAGAUUGGAGGGGAUGACCCAAGGGACUCGUCUUCUGCGGAGGUGAUGAUGAAACAGCAUGGUGAGCUGAAAGCCAAGAUGGAUGGCCGUAGGAAGACCAUACAGCAAUGUGCGGAGCUGGGAAAGAUUCUGCUGGCCGCAGGCAACCCAGCCUCCGAGGAGAUAAAGGAGAAGUUGGAUGCGCUCCUGGCUAAGCAGAAGGAUCUCUCUGAGAGAUGGGACAAACAGCAGGAGAAGCUACAGCGCAAGAAGGAUCAGUUCCAGUAUGCCCAGGAGACAGUGAAGGCGGAGGCCUGGCUGAAGGCCAAGGAGCCCCUGAUUAGCUCCAGCUCCACCUCCAGGGAGGCUGGGAGGUCUGGAGGAGAUGCCCAGGCCCAGACUGAUGAGGUGGAGCAACUCAUUCUCCGCCACGAGGCCUUCCGCAAUGCUGCAGCCACCUGGAAAGAGCGCUUCAGCUCACUGAGACAGCUCUCCAACGCAGAAAAGCUGAGAGAAGAACAGAGCAGCAAGCCUUCCCCAACGCCACUCUCCAGUCGGAGGAUGUUCCCAUCAUCCUGUCUCACUCCGACUGUUCCCCUUGCUACCUCAACUCUGCUGAGACAGACGGUCCAGGUGCAUAUCGAGCCCAGGCCCAAGCAGACCAGUCUGGAGAUGUCUGCCUCCUCUGCAGCCCAAAGGUUGGGUUCUACCAUAGCCAGCUACACUCCUGUCAUAAAUGGCUCUGGUUACCAUGGACUGGACCAUCAGAGCAGCAGCGGAGGAUUGGAGAGUUCCAACUACCCUGGACUGAACCAUCCAGGCGGUGGAGGAGUGGACAGCAGCUCCAGUUACCUUGGAGGGAACCAUCAGACUGGCCCCCCGCCAGUGGAUAGUUCUGGCUACCUUGGACUGAACCAUCAAAGCAGUGGGGGUAUGGUUAGUCCAGGCUACCUACCUCAAAAUCAAAGUAGUGGGGGUAUGUGUAGUCCAGGCUACCUGCCGCAAAAUCUAAGUAGUGGGGGUAUGGGUAGUCCAGGCUACCUGCCGCAAAAUGUAAGUAGUGGGGGUAUGGGUAGUCCAGGCUACCUGCCGCAAAAUCAAAGUAGUGGUGGUAUGGGUAGCUCAGGCUACCUUGCACAAAAUCAUAACAGUGGUGGUAUGGGUAGCUCAGGCUACCUUGCGCAAAAUCAAAGUAGUGGGGGUAUGGGAAGUACUGGCUACCUUGCACAACACCAAGGUAGUGGGGGUAUGGGUAGUUCAGGCUACCUUGCGCAAAUCCAAGGUAGUGGAGGUAUGGGUAGUUCAGGCUACCUGGCUCAAAGUGGUGGGGGUAUGGGUAGUUCUAGCUAUCUGCCUCAAAGCGGUGGGGUCAUGGACCCCAAAAUGGCGUAUGCGUGGCAGCAUCUGAAAGCCGACUGCAUGCAGCCCAGGAUCAACCACAUGCACAAGGCUGUCAACCCCCUCCUGGAGGCCAGCAGGGCGCAGAGGGAACAGUUUGGGGACAUCCCCAUGGUGGACAUGAUCGGGCCAGAGUCUGGCCUGGAUCUGCUCCACGGCAGGCUCCAGAGGGACCCCCGCGGCAGCCGCUCUGACCCCCAGAUGGACCACCUGCGGCGAGAGAGGGAGUACAAGCUGGGUCGGCAGACCUCCAGCGAACAGGAGAUUCAGGCGCGGCUCAACGAGCUGCCAAUGAUUGUGCGCCAGGAGCGCUAUAGGCGACGCCUGGAGAGGCAGUCGUCUAGCGAGCAGGAGGGCAGUGGGAAGGCGAGGACACCGAGGCAGGAUGACUCCAGCGACAUGGAGUCAGCCAAGGAAGGCUCCGACAAACGCUCAACAGAGAAGAGAGCCACCACCAUGGCUGAGAUUGUGGAGCAGGCCCAGGAGAGAGAGUUAGCACAAGCACGAGGGGAGACGUACCGCCCCACCAGCAGCCUCUCAGCACCCGUGACCUACGAGCGCCCGCGCGCCCGAGACCGCCCCAAACCCCGCAGGAGACCCCGCCCCAAAGAGCCUGAGGAGAAGCGGCGCUCUCGCUCGGCUCCGGCCCAGAGUCCGGCACAACUUCUGCCGCCCUCACACACUGCCCAUAACGAAGGCUUCCUGUACCGCAAACACGACUUUGAGGGCCACCAGAAGAGUCCCAGCAGUAAGUCCUGGGUGAACUUGUAUUGCGUGUUGUCCAAGGGAGAGAUCACUUUCUACAAGGACGCCAAGAGCACUACCACACCUUACAAUGAAGAAACCCCACUCGACCUGAGCGUCUGUAUAUGUGAUAGCACCAUAGGAUACAAGAAGAAGAAAAAUGUCUUCGUUAUCAAGAAAAAUGAUGGCAAUGACUAUAUUUUCCAUGCAAAGGAUGAGGAGGACCUGAAGGCUUGGGUCACUAACAUCACCACCAGUAUAACUGAACACGAGGAGAUCGCCAAGUGGGACAAGCCCACCACCUCGUCCACAGAUCCUGACCGCUCGGAGAGGAAGGAGAAGUCAGAGGGCGACGCAGACGCCAGGUCAGAGAGGUCUGAGAUGGGAGGAGAGGUGGAGGAGGAGGAGAGGUCAGAGAAAGAGAGGUCUGACAAGGGAGAGGGGUCCGAGAAGACGGGAGAGUGCUCCGAGAAGGUAGACACGUCGGAGAGGGGUGAGAGGCCAGAGGGAGGGGCAGGGGGCUCCAGCACGUCAGGGAAGAGCAAAUGAUCCCCGCUGAGUGGAGGAGUGGACUGACAUCUAACCAUCUUCCCCCCCCCCACCCAACUUUACCCAACGACACCAGACAGUGCUGUGAGCAAGAGAGACGGAACAAGAUUUUGUACAUUUCUGUGCAUAUCUUCUCUCCUUUUCUCUCUCUAUAUCUCUCUCUCUGUCUCUCUCUGUGACAUCCUGAGGCUUGGGUCCUAAUGUUAACUGUGACUGACUGAUCCUUCAGCCCCUCCCGCUCCCCCAGCCAAAAUACAUCAAUACUUGCAUUGCAUUGUGGCUCUUGCUGGUAGGUUGGAGGAUGGCGGAGAUUAACCAGCGCCACUGUGUGGUCACAGGCAUUCGUCACAGUCACGACUCAUUGAUCAUUUAUAUCUUGGAUUCACAGCAUCUCUCAGUAUAUAUAUAAUAUACCUAUGACUGACUAUGUAAUGCUCUGUCUAAAACAACCCAAGCAGCGGUGAAUGAAAUGUCUCACAAUAUUUUGAAAAAGCUUUUUUCUGAAGCAAUAUACUUUUUUAUUUCUUCUCUUUGUUUGAGAGAGAGUGAAAGGAGACAAACAGUUGCUUAUUAAUUAUAUGAUUGUUCACAUUCAUCAUCAGCUUCUUUCUGGCAGGUCAGCAGCACCUUAAACACUUCCAACACGUCUGUGUAUACUCAGCAUAUUGACAUUUCAAACCCACCUCAUCGCUAUCUCUGAGUCAUGUUGUCCUGAUGGAAUGCUGGUAUUACCUACUUGUGCUAAUAACUGAAUUGAUCAACACGUGUUUCUCUUCAAUGCCAUGCCAUGCCAGGAAUAAAGGUGAACUAGGGUUGCCAACUUGAUUAAAAUUCAAUCACAUCCAAGAGUCUAUUCGAGGAGGCAAUGCCCAAUUUAACCUUCUUGUGGUGCCAGACCUGUGUCUACAUCCUACUUGUUAAAUCCAACCAUCAUGGCAUGACAUAGUAUAGUGCACCUUUUUAUUUUAAUGCUUUCAUGUUCUUCUUGGUCUUGAGAAGUUGACCAGUUCUGAAAUGAAUUUGGCAGUGCAAUAAUUCAAUCUGAAGGGAAGGUCUGUGUAAAAUGCUAACAUCAUGGUAGAUCUUAAACUAUGGUGAUAAGAAGAUAUGUUUUAGUGACAUAGCAGAGAAAAGCCCAAGCCAGACAUAAUACAUGCUUCUUACGAAUGCUAUUUGAUCUGAGACAAAUGAAGAAGCAUUAGAACCUCAUUGCUGUUUUUAUUAUAUUACUGGAAUAUAUUUGAUAGGGACUGUAAUGGUUUCACUCCUGAAAAUACAGUAGUAACAUCAACAUUAGAUGAACACCAGAAUAUAUUAUAAACUACUUCUCCCUCCCUGUUUUCUUUCUUUCUUUAAGAGAUUAAACCAAUAGAAAAUGAUUGUCAGUCAGAGGAGGAUUUAUGUACAAUUGUCAUGAUCUAGUCAUUAAAUUGUAUAUAUCUUUAUGUAUACCAAUAAAUGAUAUGCUCUAAUAAACAGAGUUCUAUGGAAUGAAGUGGGUUAAGAUUAAAACAUUUCUGUUAAUCUACACAAAUGAAGUGGGGAAACCACAUCAGUUGAUUGUGAUAUUACUGUUUAUUCAAUUUAAAUGAAAAAUAUGCAAAUUAUGAGUCACUAACAAAGGAUAGUGUAUAUACACCAAUAUCUAGGUACAUUUUACAUUUUACAAGGGAAAAGAGUGCUGGACCUAGGUACAUUUGUUGUGUAUUUAUAAAUGUGUAUUUCAUUUAAUUGAUCAUACAGGUUUGCUACAGACAGUUUUUUCUAUUAGUAGUUAGAUCCUGCCAGGCAAGUGAAUUAUUAUAAGAACAGUCCUGUUUCGAGUGAUAGGCAUUCGCUAUAUUUACUUGAACUGGUUAACUGGCUUGGAUGAAAACAAAGUGCUUGGUAACCUGAAUGUUAGUUUAUUUGGCAACUCUGAAGCUGAUCAGACUGGUAUCCAGGUUAUAUAUGUUUUAGCUGUGACUCUUGGGCUAUGACUUCAAAGCUAAAUACAACCAUACUGACUGAAGCAAGCAAAAUGUUUUGCUUGCUUCAGUCAUAUUGGAUGAUUAAUUAUAAACAUAUAUUGAUAAAAAAGUUACAGAACACAAAGAAAAUGUUGGUUUAGUUAGUACUGUACACCUACAAUAUGAAACCUCAAUAGCCAGCAUAUUUUGAUUUGUUUCAAAUGGGCUACUUUUUAAUUAUGUUUACAGAUAUGUUUUAUCCGAUUCCUAAAUGCCCCAUAUCAUGGACCUUCCAGAUCAAACAUCACUGCUUAAAGUGGUCUGUGUGUUUUAUUAGAAAAUUAAUUGAUUUCACAAUAUACUCAAUACAGACUGUUCCAUUUGACUCCGGAUGCAAAUACUGGCACUUAUUGACUUUGGCAUUCAAGUGUUAUGACACAAGCAACAGUCAUGAGUCUAACUGCAGCUUGUUGAUUGGAAGCAGUUAACUUAUUGGUAAGACUUGAAUAUUUCAUGAUAUAUGUGUUAUGUCAUCUGUUACAAUGUCAACUAGAAACUGUUGAGAAACUGUCAAUUACAGUAUAGCAACAAACUGUCUAUUGUAGGUGGUUAUUAUAGGUACCACCAUGCCAUUCUGGAUUACAGGCUUUAAAAACGAAUGGUACCUAAAAUGUUAAUUUAUUAGAAGGUUUACAGCCAAUUGUAAACCUUCUAAUUCCUCCGGAAUUCCUCCGGAAUUGAGCCUUUCGUUGCAAUGCAUAUUUAUUAGUUAAACACUAGUAGCUGUUUCUCUUAUUUUCCUCUGUGGAAAGAGAGAGCGGCUCUCCUCCUAAUUCUAUUCAUUCCAAUUCUAUGGUUCCACCAUCUACAUUCUUAUCAGAGAAAUCCCAUCAUCACUUGAUGAAACAAACAGGUUAAUACUAUAAUACUUACUAAACACACAUAAAUACUACAAUACCCACGAAACACAGAAAUACUACAAUGCCUACUAAACACACAAUAACAAGGUAACGUAAAGCUCUUGACCUCAUGGCUGGUGUUUUUGUAAUUUUGUGUUUUUCUUGUCUCAGAUACAGUGUUAGUGUACCUUAAUGAUACCUAUUCCUUGCUGCUAUGACAUUUUCUCUAAGUAAACCUCCUUACUUGCUGAUGCAAAAUUUACGUGAACAUUGGUGUAUGCUUGACACGGAGGUGUUAAGCCAAGAGUUUUUGAAAAAGUCAUCAUCAACCAACCCCACAGAUCAGUAGAUACAUGAUGCAUUCUAGAUAGUAGUGGGAGAGAUGAAGAAAUUCCUGAUGUUGCAGCCACUCACAGUGUUUAAAAAUCAAAGUAAAUUUGCUUGAUUGAGUAGAGAAAGUUAACAGAUUCCUGUGUUAGAGAUUUAACUGAAGUAGAAUUAAAAAGAAUAUAUUAAUUUAAUUUGGCAAAUUAGUAAACCUUGCCAGAGAGUAAAGUUCUUGAGACAGGCGUACACAAAAGUCAAUUCUCUUGAUUUUGAGGGGGUAAACAUACUGUCAUUAUAACACCUCAUGACGUAAUCACCAAUUAGCAUUGGCAAACAUUUAUUAGAAUUCAUGGACUUAAUCCAUUUGACCAGCUAUGUACUUAAUGCUCCAAUCUCCACUUCUUAAUGUCUUUGUGCAUUUAACACAUGGAGCAAAAUGUCAAGUGUCAUAACUGCUAAUGUCAGGUGUCAUGAUGACACACUUAUGUAGGCAUAAUGGCACAGUUAUGUAUACACCUUCAACUAAAGUAUUCCCUGUAUUUAAUCAAGUCAUUUGUUUUAUUUUUUGUAAGAAGAAAAACUGUCUGUGUCAUAAAGCCACCUGGGGAUAGUAACUGAACCACAUAGCUCUGACAACAUAAGUUAAUAAGUCAGUGAUAGACGUCAAAUGAAGGGCUGGUCUUUUAAAAAACAACUGUGUUUUCUGUUUGGAGGUAAUAACGCUUCAGAUCAGUAAGCUUGAAAUCCUUGCUUAUGUACAGUAUGUUGGUACAAAAGAAAACAUUUUUAUGCUGUAUUCUGUAGCCCUCUUAUAGCAGAUCAGUGAAAGGCUGAAACACAUCAGAGCUACUCGCAGUUUUAAGAGAGGCGCAAGUGGAAACAUGAAUAAUUGAUGAUGUGCACAGUGUAAAACGCUAGUGGUGAUGCAGGGUCUAUAAGAAAUAUACAUGUAUACAGUAUUGCACAAAGUCUGCACAACUCAAUGUAUGUCUUUUAAGAAUGUACAUUUUAAUUCUGAUUUGUUUAUUAAAUAGACUGGAGUAACAUCUGCCAAUAUCUGUCUGUUGAAAUAUGGUAUUGUCUCAUAAAUUCUGUUCAUCCCUUAA